AUGCUCGAUCAAUUUCUUACCUGCUGGGCCAAGAAGCACUAUCUCGAGACUGUCAUCGGUCCCAUGUAUUGGAAGAUCGACGACGGGAGUGAUAACUAUAGGAAUGUUGGACUGAACUCACAUUGGUUUCGCUUUGCUGAUGAUCGCCACAAACCUCACCUUUGCUUCGACGAGGACGACAAACAGAUACUCCGCUUCGAUUGGGGCCAAUCCAAAUCGGAGUGGCUUGAACUACCUGGUCCAGCAGAAUGGUGGUCAGACGUGACAGGUCAAGCAGAAGAUGUAGAGGCUGACCGCGAAGCUCUCGACUACUAUGAGUUGAACGAUUUCUAUGUCGCACAGUACUCCAGCAGAUCGUACCGAACAAUUCUUCGUGUCAUUCGUGAACGACAGCCUCCGAAAGGUUUUGAUCAUUGUGUAUUGCAUGGGGGUGCAGAGAUUAUGUGGAUCAGUCAGCAUGCUAAGAAGGACCCUGAACCAGAUGUGUACGAUGACUUAGGAGAAGUAGACGAGGACGAGGUACUUGCAGGGCUGGCAGACAUGAGCAUCGCGGGCUGCAAGAAGUGGUGA